AUGCCUACAGCUGUAGUUUUAGGGGGUGGAGUUUCAGGACUUGCAACAGCAUUUUAUCUUCAGAAAUAUGGAGCUUCAAAGUUCAGCAAGAUUAUUCUUUUGGAGGCUACAGAUAGAUUUGGUGGUUGGAUAAAAUCUAAACGUCACCCUGAUGGUGCAAUUUUUGAAUGUGGCCCAAGAAGUUUGAGACCUGUUGGAAGCCAAGGCAAAAAUACAUUGAAACUUUUAAGUGAAUUACAGUUAGAAAAAGAUAUUCUUCCCCUUUGUCGUACAGAUCCAGCUGCCAAAAAUCGUUAUCUUUUUGUGAAUAAGCAACUGCAUGCUCUGCCGAACAGUUUACAAGGUUUAGUUAAACGACAACCAUUUAUGUCCCAUGCAUUUAUCUGGACACUGUUAACUGAAAAUUGGAAGACAAAAUCUCCUUUAGAGGAUGAAUCCAUUCAUAGUUAUUUCUCUCGACGUCUUAAUCAAGAGAUGGCUGAUGUAUUAAUUGAUUCAAUUUGUAGAGGAAUAUAUGCUGGCGAUUGUCGUAAAUUAAGUAUAAAAUCCUGUUUUCCAGAUCUGUUUAAUGCUGAAAAACAAUAUGGAUCUCUAACACGUUUUGUCCUCUUGAAACCUAAAGCGACUACCCAGGUUGAUGAUGCCUUAAUUAAGAAAUGUUUGGAAGAAAAAUGGACAUCCUAUUCAUUUAAAAAUGGCAUGCAGCAACUGACUGAUGCACUAACAGAAACCUGUAAUGCAAAUAAAGUAGAUUUGAGAAGUAAUUCAUCUGUAAAAUCAAUCACUUUUUUAGAUAAUGGUAAAAUCAAUAUUAAAUGUGACAAUGAUGAAAUCAAAGCAGAUGCAGUAUUUUCUGCCAUUUUUUCAAAAGAUUUAGGCAAACUAUUGCAAAUAGACACAUUGAAAAAUAAUCUGAAUUCCAUCCCAGCUGUAAGUUGUGCUGUGAUCAAUUUGGAAUAUGAAGGCAAGCUUCUACCCGUUGAGGGAUUUGGACAUUUGUCUCCAUCAUCUGAGAAUGGACCAGUUCUUGGAAUGAUUUACGAUUCAUGUUCCUUUCCACAACACGACAGGACAGAUGUGACACCAUCUACAAGGCUAACAGUGAUGCUUGGAGGGGCCUGGUCAGAUAGUAUUCAAAAUAUUGGACAGUGGAUAUCGCAAACAGAUUUAAUGUCUAUGGUAACUGAAGCAGUUAAUCAGCAAUUGCAAAUUGCAUGUCACCCAAUUAGAAGUCAAAUAUCAUUAUUGAAUGAUUGUAUUCCACAGUAUCAUGUUGGUCACUCAAAUAUUAUAUCAAACUUAAAUACUUACAUAUCAAAAAGACAACUUCCUUUAUAUUUAAUAGGGUCAUCUUAUCAAGGUGUUAGUGUAAAUGACUGCAUUUUGAAUGCCAAGCUGGCUGUAGAAAAUUUUUUAUUAAAUUGA